CGUCGAAGCGUUGAGCGUGGUGGGUGUCCGUCUCGCUGUCGGAGUUCGUGACAACUUUCGUAAAAAAUACUUUUUUUGAAAGUACUUCGGAGUUUGUGCGAGUGUCAAAACGGUUUUUGUGUUGAGUGAAUUGAAUAUUUGUGAAAAAAAUAAUUUGUUUGUGUGCAUAUUUUGGAAUGUUGCAAAGAUCUCAGGUAGUGCGGUUUCUGAACGCGAAGUGAACGGAUUUCUGUACGAUUUACAGUGAAGAAGUGUUUAACGUAGUGAAAAAUUGAAUAAAAGUGUAAAAUGUGUUAGUUCCACGAUGUCACACAGGCGGCGCUGCGGUCGCAUCACGUGACAUUUGUGAUCCAAGAUGGCGGACUCGAGUCCCGCCAAUUCUAUUAUCGAGGGAACUGUGAAAUUUCGCGAUGGAAAAAAGUGGAAAUCGCGAUGGUGCGUCAUGCGGAAACUAUCACCGGUUGCAGACUGCGUGCACCUGCAGCUGUACAAAGACCUCAAGGAGCGCCAGAAGAACGGGCAGACGAAGGCUUCGCUGUCCCUGCAGCAGUACCUGGGGAUAGAGUCGGGAUUCACCCUGGACAAGGAGUCCAACACCCUGGCCAUACUCUGCGAGGACGUCGUGCCCGUGCUUGCCUUUGAUACCAGGGAGAUCCUCAUCAAUUGGAGGGUUAAGGUACAACACAACCUCGGCGGCAGUAAGGAGUUCGCAGCUGUGAUAAUAUCGGCGCCAUCAGCCGCCAACAUCCGCGCCGGCCCCGUGCGCCUGCACGCGUGCGGCCCGCGGCUCGCGCUGUGCGCGUCCCGCCCGCCUGAGGUGCUCGCGCUCUGGGACGUCAAACUACUCAGACGCUACGGCGUGGUGGACAAGAGGUUCUGCGUGGAAGGUGGCUCCAGGUGUGGGAAAGGCGAGGGUCUGUUCAUCUUCGCCGCUGAAGGUGGUCGGGAGCUGACUGAGCUCCUCAACGUGUACAGUCACGAGGCACAGUCUAGACUUAGCAUAGCUUCAAGAAGUGGUUCAGUGUUAGAAAAACGUUUCUCCGACGCCAGUUCGUGUAUGGAUGAGUGUUUCCACACGUCCAUGAGGUCUGUGUCUCCGUCGUGGGCGGGUCCUGCCAGUCAGACCAUGCACUGCCUCUCAGACCUGGACUCCAGUAUGGACAGCACCGAGGACAAGUUCCGAAGACCGACCUCGCUGCCCAGGUGUUCUAGUUGCAUCGGGAAGAUCAGUCAUUUGACCAGAUCAUCUACAAUGAACACACCUGGUUCAAUAAUGUCUCCCGUUUGGACAAUGGACAACAUUUUAGAGAAGCGUUCAGAUUCGGAUCGAGCGUCAAUCUACUCGCGAUCAAGCGGGAGUGCCUCUGAGUAUAGUGUACCGCGCAGCUCCUGCCUCUUGGACAAGAGCUUUGAUUCAAAACGCGCCAGCCCAAGCCCGGUGGCUUGCUGUACGCCUACUGUACCUGUCAAAACUGGUGGAGGUUGCCAGUGCUGGCAGCAGGUGAAACCUUGCUGCUGCAGGAAGAAGUCCUUCAGUGGGCCGUAUGAGAACUACGAUGUGCCGAAAACGCCAAUGCCAUUAAUACAGGAGCACCCAGUAGACGCUCACUCCGACCCAUCAAGCAUAUACGACACACCAAAGAAACUGAAAUGUCUCAUCAACGGGCAGCCGUGUACAUGCACACACGAAGCCAAAAACAUAGAGAACAAACAAACAGACAAUAACAACACAAGUGAUACUAGCAUUAACAAUAACGACGCUGAGUCACAUUCCAACUACGUCAACGUUACCCCAGUCACCAAAAAACCAGUACCAGAAAUUGAUUUUGGAAAUUACGCAAACAUUGACUUAACGACAUUGGAGAAAUUCGAGAAUUCCUUGCAAAUCCUAAGGAGUGCAGGGUUCAGCCAAGAGGAACUGGAUGCCUUAGAAGAUAUCCCAGAACAUGACGACGAUAUAUCAACAGCUACAACCAAUACUGUGCAUCCGUCAACAGAAUGCUGUAACGAACAUUUAAACUACAUGCAUAUGGAGCCGCUAGAAAUCAGUAUUUCUAGUAAUAGCAAGAACUACUCUGACAAUAUAAGUAGGAUUAGCCAUGUAUCAGAUCCUACGCAACACUCAGAGUCGGACAACACAAUCAGUACACGAAGGUCGAGUUCAGCUGACUUCACUAAGCGACACGAUGACGAUUACGGGAGCAACCAAAUGUGUUUCACGCCUACUGUUCUAAGAAAAGCCACUAAAAGCGAAAGGAUUAACGAAGGCAUGCCAAUAAGUCUAGAAAUUAUUGAACCAAAGGACAAGUUCAAAGUACCGGAGUUAAAAAGCGAGAGCUUAUUAGUGACGAAGUUUAGGGACACUGUCAAAAUCAGACGGUCUUCGAGUGUUCCAAGCAAGUCAGACAAAAAUAGAGAUUCGUCAAGUUCGAACGAUUCUGGGGUAUCAACGGGAUCUUUGAAGCAUCAUAAAGGCGAUUUCAAUGAAUUUGAAAUGCCUAUCACUAAUUCUAAGUCAAUAAAGAAGCACAUUAAGAAUAAUAAGCAGAUAAGGAAGUCUUUGACACCAGUGCACGCGUUCGUCAAGUCAAACUCGUCGGAUCCGCUGAAGAAUCUUACCUUCCAGUUUGAGGAGGUGGCGACGCUGACCAAAUCUAACUCCUGUGAUGUAGACACCUUAACCAGAAGGAAGAAGAGACCUGUAGAAACGGACAUCACUGCGCGUCACAGCCAGAUGACGACCAAAUCGACGUCAAGCGGCGCCUCUGACACAUCCGACUACAUGGAGUCACUAUCCGUGUCCUCAUUCAGCUCCUGCGACGUGUCAGCUGAUCGCCACGUCACCAGGCCAAGGUCCGGGAAAGAGUACGCCAGUAUCGACAGGACAGCGCUAGUCUAGAACCAAUGUUGGUGAAUGAUGACCAAUGUUGGAGAAUAUUCGUCAAAUGUUGGUCAAUGGAGAAUACUGGUCAAAUGUAAAUUGUCAGUGUUGGGUUUGGUGGAUGUGUGUAUAAUAUAUUAACAGCAUAAAUAAAACUUUGUUUGAUACAAGCAUUUUGUACUUAAAUUUUCAGUGGUUAUAAAAUAGGCAAUUUACAUUAUAUUGUAUGUUCUUUUGAUUUGGAAAUAAAAUUUUGUCAUUUUAUAUUGUAUUUAAGACACUAUUUACCCACACUUUCCUUCAAAACAUUUAAAAUCGAAAUGCAGACGGAUGAUACAAUAAUUAUUGUUUCUGAUGAUGCAUUGAAGCAAACUACUCUUCUUUAGAGUGAGCUUAACAACAUAUUCAACAAAUGCAAGUAUUAUACUGUCUGCUUACCACCCUUCGAACUUGUAUUAAAGGCAAAAUAAUGCAAACAAACACAAAAAAUAUUCGCAUAAAGAUGUAAAUUAUCGUCUGCCUAUGACGUCGGUCGUGUCACCGUUGAUUUAUGAGUUUGCUAAACAAUCAUCCAAAUUAUUUGUAUGAACAACGCUGUUACUGCCAAACA